AUGAGUCGACCCACUUACAAUCAUUUGCCGACCAAUCUCAAGAAUCGAUACGUUAUUGCUCGCCACGGAUUUUCUUUGGCGAACAAUGCCGGUCUGAUUUGCUCCGAUCCUGCCAUUGCUAUUCCGGAAGCAGAAGGACCCCUGGGCACCGGUUGGGGUUUGCACGAUCGUGGCAAGGAACAGGUCAAGGCGUCGGCAUCGCUUUUGGUCAAACACUUGACUUCCAAAGGGUCACCAUUGACCGAUGAAUCAAUCGUUAUUUUCUGCUCGCCGUUUUUGCGCACACGUCAAACAGCCGAGAUUUUCCGGUCGACUUUGAAUGAAACUCUGUCACUGAAUAUUGCGCCCGCCACUCCCAACCUGUCACUCAGAGAACGUUUCUAUGGCGACUAUGACAUGAAGAGCGACGAAAAUUACAAAACCUGUUGGGCCGACGAUGCUACGGGACCUGAUCAUGGAGAACACAGCUCCUCAGGCGUUGAAUCUCCCAGCAGCGUGUGUGAUCGCACCACGCAGUUUAUUCUCGAUGAGAUUGAAAAUAAGGUGCAAGGAAAAGUGGUUUUGCUGGUGGCUCAUGGCGAUGUAUGCCAAAUCAUGCAAACCGCUUUCUUAUCCAUGGAAGCCUACCGUCAUCGUGAAGUGGAGCAUGUGGAAACGGCAAGCUGGAGAGAGAUGGAAGCAUAG